UAAAGCGAGGGUGGGAGGGCAAGGCACAACAAGCACUCCAGCGAUCUAGCACUCACCACCUCCCUCGAGUUGGACUAUUAUUGUAUCGUGUCGUGGAUCAAAACCAGCAACAACCCAAUACAAUGGCCGACAGCAACUGUGGUUACUCGCUCACCAAUUGCUGUUUCUGUCUCUCGUUGAGGGCAGGCUCCAUAAUCAUCGCCUGCCUCAGCCUGAUCUUCAGUGUGUUGGGCGCCGCGUUCAGCAUCUACGUGGGUGUGACAGCUGGUGUUGAGGGGUGGGUGGAUCUGGCCAUAGACCUCAUUCACUUUGUGCUGGCUUGCAUCCUCAUCCAUGGAAUUCGCACGGAACAAGAGAGACUGCUGAGAGUGUGGGUGGUGGGCACUGGACUCCUGGUGGCCCUGGGCAUCAUCCUAGGCAUCGUUAUCAUCAUUUUCACCAACUCCCUCGCCGCCGCCGUUGUUCUCCUGGUGGUGUCCGCCAUUCAGAUCUAUUUCCUUCUCGUGGUUCGCUCUUAUGCCCGCAGCCUAACUCUCCGCCUUCCCGUGCAAGCUUAAGACGCGGCUGGCUGGCUGGCUGGCUGGCUGACUGGCUGGCUGGCCGGCUAAGGAAGUCCGGCAGUGAUAGUGCAUGUCAUUUGCCAAGUGGGACCGCCAGGAUGUCCCGCGUAUUAUCUUGCUUUAGUUACCACUGAAAGUGUACGUUUUCUAUUCUGGCUUUUACUGCUUAGGGAGCAACUAUUUAUAAUGUGCUUGUUGUCCUGCAUUUUUGGAAGAAUUAUAAUGUAAUGAGGUUAUAAUGAUGAUAAUGCGAUAUGUCAGCUUCAUAAUAAACACUUUAUAACUCAA